GGAAAGCAGGUACACGUUCAAUUGUAAUCAUAGCAUUUUUAUUUUAAGAAAGAAGACAUCAGACAGCUGUACGGAUUUGGCAAUGAAGUUAAUUCACACAUAUGUCACAUAUGCUUUGCUUUUGACAUUUACUCUCUAUUGCUCCACUUGCGCUAAACAUCACGAUUUAUUUUACAACGAUGAAUUAAAACGGGACAUUAACAGAAAUAGAAGAGAAUCGUUUGCAGGAUUAAUCGCUUUUCCUAGAGUUGGAAGAUCUAAUAUGGAUAAUUUACGGAAUUUUUACGAACAAAAAGAAUUAUCCAAUCAUAAAAGAGAAGGUCUGAUCCCUUUCCCGAGGAUUGGAAGAAGUGAUAUAAAAUCCUCAGCUUUGUGGUUUGGUCCGAGAUUAGGAAGAUCAGUAAAAGAUAUGAACAGCUACGAUGCAUACAUAGACACGGAUACGCCAAGUAUUAUAAAAAAAAUGAUAGAAAUAAAAAACGAAAAUUACCCCGAAGAUGAAGAAAACCUCUUAUAAUAUACCUAAUUGAUUAUUUGUUUAGUCGUCUCAUAAGUCAUAUGCAUAUUACGUUUUAAGAUUAUAAUAGCAAGCAGUAGGUGAACAAAAUUUGAUCAUUUUUUUUUUAAUCAACUAAUACUUUAAUAUAGUCUCGUUAUAGAUGUAUAAAUAAUUGUUUUAAAGAAUACGAUUACACAUUAACUGAUUUAUAAUAUUAG